UGACUGAGAUGUUGGGUCUAAAAAUGAUUCUGAGGUUGCGAACAAAUGCCCUGCCGCGGGCGUCUUCGUCAGUUGCCGAGUUGAUGUGUGAGUUUGGAGGCCACGCAGUGCGCGACCAUGAGCGCGAGGGGGCGCGCGGUCCAGAGAGCGCCAUCCCACAGCUCUCCGGGUCUGUAGCUCAUAUAUUCCUCUCAUCGGACGGCAGGGGGCAGUCGAGUCGAAGUGGGACUGAGCCCUCCCAACAUGCACUGUUCCAAUGUUUGAAUGGCGCAAGGUCUCCUCCUGCUAUUGUGACCACUGCACUGAAUUUGUUUUUCAUUAAUAAUUUUCAUAUGCGCUGCUCGUGCACAACAGAAAUCGAUAGGUGGCUCGAUACGGACACGUGUUCUGAGGGCGGACAAGCCAAGAUGUAACGGGAACUACUCUAUUAUGGCCUCUGGAGAUGGCGGUGACAAGACCAAGGAGCCAUUUCACCAGGAUGCCUGCCCCAGAGACCCUGUUGCUGAGCAAACUGCGCUGUCUGCGAGUGGCAAGACCAUGAAGGAGGUGGAUUUUUUUAAAAAGGAAGAAAUAAAUAAAAAAAGAUCUCCUGUUGGCCGUACUACGCACAACUCUGGCAAAGUGAAGAGAGUGGUGUCCUCCAAGAGGAAGGCGCAUCAGGUUACGGUGUGUCCUGGGGGCCGGCGGAGGCCCCCUGCAGCUGGCAGGAGCUGUGACAUGGCAAAUAAAGAGAAUGAGGUUGCCUGUGCAGAGGACCUUUACGGAGACCGCUGCAGGCAUCCCCUGAACCCAUCGGAUGCCACCAAGAUGGAGGGGAGUGGAUCCAAAUACAGUGACUACUUCACAGAGCUAUCAAAGGAUCAUGAUGUAAUGUCACAAGUGCUUUUUGGAAGAAAUCUCAGGCUAAAUGUAGCUUUGACUUUGUGGCGAAGGAAUGCUGGUGAACUUGUCGCAUACCUUAUCAGAAUUCAAGACACUGGUGUGCUUGUUGACUGUUUACCUGUAAUUACAAAAAGUCUUCAAGAGGAAAAACCAAGCAUAUCCAUCGGUUGCUGUGUGGACCUUUUGCCACUAGUAAAAAUACUUCUUGCCAGUCAAUAUGAAGAAUACCUGAUAGUUGGCUUACAGUGGCUGCAGUCAGUGCUGAGAAAAUGGUGGCCAGAGCUAUCUGUGAAUGGAAAGAGUGCUCAUGACAGCCAUUGUGAUGAUAAGAACAUUAAAGCAAUGAAGCAACAAUUACAAGAAUUGUGGGAGCAGGGCUCUAAAUUAAUACUAGUUCCCGGAACUACGGGUGAAAUAGCAAAGGCAGUAGAGUCCUACUUGUCACAGCUGCGCUGAUGCAGAAAUGUAGCACACUGAGGGUCAGACCACUCCAAGCACUUAAUGGCAGUUUCCAGAGGUGCUUCUCAACUUCCACACUAAUUCUGGGACUCAAGACAAACUGACCAGUUCCCAGAGGCACAGCACAAGAGUGGUCUUCAUGAGCUGAGGAAGCUGCUGAUGGCAUGUUACCUGUUUUUUUUUAAACUGAAGAAAAGGAAAAAGAACCACAAACCAUGGUGGCCUGCUUCACAUUGAAGUGGGAUGUUCUCUUAACGGCACGAUGCUGGACUCUUAGGAGGUUAAAGAGGCUGUUGAUCCAGACUGCUCAAUUAAGUGCCAAGCUCUUUCUCCAGUACAGCACUUCCUCUGUGUCAUCUGUUUGUAGGGAUGAAUGUAAUUAAUAGUUUUUUUUUUUUUUUUUUUUUUUGCCAUCUCCCCACAGUCCUUUGAUUCAACAACUUGAACUGCAGCAGUCUUAAAUUAUUAGAAAUCUUUUUUUGACUGUAAUAUGUACAUA